GGGGAGGGAAACGAGAAAAACUCGUUUCGAAAAAAACGUUUGCUUUUAUAUAUUGCACACCCGCCACGAUAUGCAAACACGUCGUAAUUCAGAACUUCUCGUUUAUAUUCCAGGAUGGAGCGUACGUGAAGAAGAGCGAUAUGGAUGGUCUCGGGCUUUGUCCUUACGAUCCGACACACAAUAGCACAGCGGUUUUCGCCGAGGGACAGUUAUAUGCCGCGACGGUGGCUGACUUCUCCGGUGGCGAGCCGCUGAUUCACAGAGAGAAAAUCCGCACCGAACGCUCGGAUCUCAAUCAGCUGAAUGGUCCGAAUUUUGUCAGCUCAUUCGCUUAUCAGGAUUACGUAUUCUUCUUUUAUCGCGAAACAGCUGUGGAGUAUAUGAAUUGCGGAAAGUCGGUCUACUCGCGGGUUGGCAGAGUCUGUCAGCACGAUAAGGGCGGGCCACACGCAUUUAGCGACAGAUGGACGAGUUUCCUGAAAGCGAGACUCAACUGUUCGGUACCGGGAGAAUACCCCUUCUAUUUCAACGAAAUACAGUCGACGAGCGACGUCACGGAUGGCCGAUACGCGGGCAAAUCCGCGCGAUUGGUGUACGGGGUUUUUACGACCCCGGUGAACUCCAUCGGUGGCUCGGCUAUCUGCGCAUUCUCCAUGGACAGCAUUCUCGAGGUCUUCCAGGGCGCUUUCAAAGAGCAAGAGACUAUAAACAGCAACUGGCUGCGAGUACUUCCGGAAAAGGUGCCCGAGCCCAGGCCGGGUGCUUGCGUCAACGACUCCAGAACACUUCCGGACAUUACGGUCAAUUUCGUCAAAGCGCAUCCCCUCAUGGACGACGCGGUGCAAUCCUACUUUUCGUUACCUGUGAUAACUAAAACCAGUUUCAAUUAUAGAUUUACCAAAGUUGCCGUAGAUCCUCAAGUGAAGGCGCUGGAUGGUAAAGCUUACGAUAUACUCUAUAUCGGCACAGAUGACGGCCGCGUUUUGAAGGCGCUUAAUACACGCGCCCCAGAGUCGUACGACAAUGUCGGUCAAGUUAUUGUCAGCGACGUCCAAGUGUUACGAUUCGGCCAAGCGAUUAAAGACCUUCUGGUGGUUCAUUUGGCCGGCGAAGCGAGCAAACUGGUUGUGUUCGCAGACUCGGAGAUCCGUGCGGUUCCCUUGCAUCAUUGCGAUUCGCCUGCUGCGGCUACCUGCAGAUCCUGUGUUGCCCUGCAGGAUCCUCAUUGCGCCUGGGACGCGACCGCGAACCUGUGCGUGGCGGUGCUAACAAAACUUCACGACAACGACGCCGACAAAACGCUGUUCCAGGAUAUCCCGACCGGUAGACACAGAAGUUGCGGACGCGAGCCAGAGGUAACGAAGUCCGUCCAGCCGGCGGUGGCGUCCGAAAUUGGGCGCGAUGAGCACCCCGACGAACGAGAGAAUGAAAUCAUCAUCGAAUUGGAUCGGGAAAAUCAGUACGGCCGUACACAGCCGAGGGCCAAUGAGCCUCAAGGCGUGACCGUAACACCGGUAGUAUACUCGGCCCAAACGUUGACGGGUGCGCUAAUAGGAACCUGUUUCUGUUCCCUGGUGGCCGGUUUUGCCUUCGGUUUCUGGUUCUCCCAGAGGCUACGCGGCUCGUCGUAUCCGGAGCCGUCUGAGCAACGGCAGCAGCUCAACCGGCUGACGGAGAGCUCGGAAUCGCCCGGCUUCAACAAUAAGUCCAUAAACCUCGUGCUGAACGUGCCGCCCAAGAACCCGAACGGCAAGAACGCGAACUCGUCCGCGGAGAAUAAGCCGGUCCAGAAGGUGAAGAAAACGUACAUAUGAUACAGAAGGCGGCACAGGGCCGUUUG